CCUUUCGUUUCGCUCUUCACCCUCAGUCCCAGCCAUGCCAAAGAAGCCAAUAAAUUGGGGGAUGAUGGCCAAGAUGUUGGGCGGCGGCGCGGUGAUAUGCAUUGGCGGUCCGGCGCUCACAUACUACGUGUCGCCGACCGAGGAGGAGCUAUUCAAGAAGUACAAUCCAGACCUGCAGAAGAAGAGCCUCGAAAGGCGGACGGAGAGGCAGCAGGAAUUCGACGUGUUUGUGAGCAAGCUGAAGGAGUAUUCCAAGUCCGACAAGCCGAGUAGGGUAGUGCAGGCGGAGGCUGCAGAGGAGGAGAGGAAAUUGAAGCGGAUGCAGGCCAUCAGGAGCCGCGAGGAGGAGAGAGUCAGAAAGGAAGCGUUGAGGAAGGAGCUGGGGCUGUCGACGGACUCGAGCAAGUGAACUUUAUGUGUGAAAUACCUCGAACAUGGAUUACAUUGUGUGUGACGGGAUGGCAUACAGCAUAUGGCAGGUUGGGCGGCGCUCAGGAGUAUCUGGCCAGCAUUGAAUUUGGAUCAUUCGACAGGAAAUGAAGGGAUUUGACAUUUGUGAGCCUGCAGGCCUCGAGCGAGGAAAAAGGAGAAA